AAUUCCAAGACCUUGUAAACAAAAUCCAACACUCUGGAAGUGUAUGAAUGGAUUCCACACAGAUGGAAAUCCCUUCGUAUUUCUUGUGCCCCAUAUCCAUGCAGCUCAUGAAAGACCCUGUCACGCUUUAUACCGGUGCGACCUACGAUCGACACAGCAUUGAGGAGUGGAUGUUUACACUGGGGAACAACACCUGCCCUCUCACAAAGCAACCCCUUCACAACACUGACCUCACACCCAACCACACACUGCGCCGCCUCAUCCAACAAUGGUGCGUCCUCAACUCCUCCGCUGGCGUCCAACGGAUCUCCACGCCCCGACCACCACUCGACGCGGAUCGCCUCAAUAAAUUACUCCUACACAUGAAGUCAUUUCAAGUAAAGGCGCUGAAGAAAUUGAGAUCUGUGGCCGGUGAGAGUGAGAGCAACAGGAGGCUCAUCGCUUCCUCCGCCGCACCAGCUGCACUAAUCUCUGUCAUUGAAAGCUAUUCGACAGAAAGUAGGGAUGAAGAGGGUUACUGCUACGAAGUUGCGACGGCCUGUGAGGAAGCCUUGGGAAUCCUCUAUUCUCUUCCUUUGCUGGACGAGACGCUGGAUUCGAUCGCCACAAGUAAGUGCCUGGCCUCCCUGGCCGCCAUUCUUAAGAGAGGCACCUCCAACGCACGGUUUUAUUCCGCCAUGCUCCUACAGACGCUUUCAAGGAAAGGCCUGGAGCGGCUUGUUUUGAAUGCCAACGGUGAGUUAAUUGAAGGGGUGCUGGAGCUGUUGACAGAGGAGGUGUGCCACCAGGCCACUGUGGCCGCCCUCGAAAUGCUGACUGCAAUCGCCUCCAACAGCCGACGCAACAGAAUGAAGGCCAUCGAGGCAGGGGCAGUGUCCGUGUUGAUCGAAUCGCUCCCUGAUCAGACUACCGAGAAAAAAGGCAGGUGCGAGAGGAUGUUAUGUCUUCUGAACGUGUUGUGCGGAUGUGCAGAAGGAAGGGCUGCCAUGGCCGACCACGCAAUGGGCAUCCCUGCAGUUUCUAAGAAAAUAAUGAGAGUCUCCGAUUUGGCAACCGAAAAGGCUGUUCGGAUUCUCUGGUUGCUUUGUAAAUUCUCUCCUUCGAAGCGAGUAAUUGAUGAAAUGUUGCAGACUGGUGCAGUCACCAAACUGUGCUUGCUCAUGCAAUGCGCAUGCUCGGCCAAGACAAGGAGUAAAGUAAAUGAGGUGCUCAGAAUGCAUAGUAAGUGCUGGAAAAACAGAUGUUCCAUUUCCUCCGUAAAUUUUCCAGAAUAAAUAAAAUACCGCAAUUCACUGGGAAACUAUAUGUGUUAUACACUUUGGAUGACUCAUAUUCAGCUAUGCGAGAUAAUUGCAUUUAGCAGAGGCAUCCUCGAUCACAUAAUAUGCUCGUUGCUCUCGUCGCGUUAAUAAUAGUGGAGCAGCAGAUGCCAGACAAAUGAAAACCACUGCGGCGGAAAUAGAACGUAAUGGCUAUUCUCGAAAGAAGCCGGAUACUCUUGCAAGAUUAAAAUUUCCAUUGGAUUCUCACCCUUGAUAUGCACAAAUCAGACGGAAACAAUCGUGGAAAGCGAUUUCUUGAAGCUUUCUUGCCUGGUGGAGACUGGGAAGUAACUUUUGAUUAGCGUCUACAAUAAUUUGAUUCAAACUUAUGUUCGCUUACUUUUGAGUCAAAGGACUAAUGCAGCGGCUUAGCUAUCUUUCGUUCAACGUGGAGACAUUUUAGAAGCCACGUGUUCCUCAUUUUAAUCAUAAUUAUCAAAUUAUAGUUGAACUUAUAUGACUGUUUUCUAGUUACAAAAUUGUGGAUGUAAUUGUAUGAAAGAAAACUGUUAAAGAGGGAAUAUGAAA